UCAGCGACGCGCUGCUGCUCCUCACGAUGUGUUUCUGUGUGCGCUGCUCUUAGGAUCGUCUGUGGAGUUACACAGUCUGACCAGCGAUUCGACAGUGAUGAGGAGUUCCUAGUCCUGAGCUGGAGUCACGCCACAUUCAGAUGCGUGGAAGAACUUAUUUUCACUCUGUGACUUUGUCAGAGUAAUAAAGCGUCUGCAGCUGAGAUGGAGGCAUCUCUUCAGUAGAACUGCUCCUGUGCUCGUGUUGCUCUGGGUCCCUCACAUCACCUCGGGCUUGACCUCAGGAGUGAAGCAGGGAUGCUGGACCUCUGCUCUUCUGUGUUUGCUCACUGCUUGAUCUCGUCCUGUCUUCUCUUGUGUCAGGCAGAGCUCCAGAUGUCUUGCUCUCAGCACGGUAUAAACAGAGGAGCAGAGGGCUGCCAGCUGCUGUGCCCCUGCAGCACAUACCCUCCUGUACCUCCUCCUCCUCCUCCUCCUCCUCCUCCUCCUCCACCUCUGCUGCGAGGACUGACCGCUGCGGCUCCGGAGGCUUCUGCUCCUCUGUCGAGGCCCUGGUGGAUGGAGAUCAUUGUGCUUGGGAUGACAGGAAGCGCUUUGGCUGUCUUUCUUUUGCUAGCAGUCAUUAUCUGCUACAAGGCCAUGAAGAGGAAACCGAAGAAGAUGGAGGUGAAUGGUACAAACUGUGGAGAAGAUGCAAUGAGCUCUUUCAAAAAGACCAACACUGCUGCGGUGGGCACAAGGAGCGUCUGAAACCCAAAGGAAAUAUUUCCAGCUAAUCAUAAAGUCAAUGAGGUCGGAAUAAUGCAAAGCGAUCCAGAGCCCCUCCGGAUGCAAUUAGAAGGGACAGAUCUGCUGUGUUGAUCUGCAUCUGUGACAUUUGCAUGCUAUAAAUCACACAAACCCAGCUAAUGACAGAUGUCUGACAAAUAGAUUUCAGAUAGUCAUUCGUUUUAUGUUAACACGUCAUGUAUUUUUAAACACAUUUUACACAAUGAUUUAUGCAACUUGGACUGGAAAUUUCUGAAACUAGGGGUGUGUUUAAUGCCAAUGCAUGAUUUGAUGCUCAUGAUGCUCACAGGUCAGAUGUUUUUUAGUGCAUGACACUCCAGUCAAUCUCCUCAAGGUUAUAACACUAAAUGAGCUACUAAUGUACCUAGUAAAUGAUAGUAAUUGAAGGCAGAGCAGGCAUCUGAACACUGAAAGCACUCGGCUGUGUUGUGAUUACAUGUUAGGUUCGGGUUACGCAGCAGACAAGUUUGAUGAACUUAUAAGUGUGGGAGGAUUUAUUAUGACCCUUAAUCCAAGAAGGUCAUAAUUAAGAUAAUUACUGAUGUUGUUGACCUUGCUGGUGUGCCAGACAGUGUGAAUUGGAUAUGUUAGUGGAUCUGAAUUUGUUGUUCUUGUGUAUGUGGAACCUGCCUUUCUCAAAAAAGUGCCCUAAGAAAUAUGAGAUUUUCUUUUGCACUGUGAAGAGUUCUGAAUAUAUUCUCAGCAGGCAGUCAAAAUAUAUUUUGUGUUAUAUAAAUUUUGCAUGAAUGUAAAUACUGAGAACGGAAACCAGCCUUUAAGACUGUUAUUUGCUUGAAGAUGUUUUUUAUAUAG